AUGGCCUUCCAACCUCAGGCUUCCGACCCUCCGCGGCCCUUGAUUCCACCCCGAACCGUCCCAAUCCCCCAAAGAAUUGACGUCUAUCACCCAGACUAUCCUACUCGCACUAAGAUUCUCGCCCUGUCUGUUUUUCCGAACAGCCAAGGAGUGUCUGGUAUUCCGCUCCUCAUUCUCCUGGACUGUUGUUAUAUCAUCGCUCAAAAUCGAAACGGCAAGCUUCGCGCACUGAGUUCCGAUGUAGACAUUGCAAUUGCCGACGUCUGGAUACCUUCCGGCAAAUACACUUACCAUGUUUCUGGAGAAUUCCGCUAUCCCAUCUGUACAAACUUCUUGGUAUGGAAAAUACCAGAGCACCUCCCCGCCCGAUGGCUUGUCAUGGGAUCAAGGACCCCCACGGGAUCAUGUCGACUAUCCUCGCUCAGCACACGCGUGAAAGUCCUCGACACUGCCUGUGUGCUGACAGGCGAGAUUUCACGGCUCCAAGCAUGUCAUCUGGUCCCCCGUGCGGAACUUGCCUGGUGGAGGCACAAUGGGAUGAACGAAGCCCUUGAUAACGACUAUGGCGUUGAUUCGGAGCAAAACGUGAUGACACUGCGCGCCGAUCUCAACGCGUCGGGGAUGGAUGAGGGUCAUUUCGUGUUUGCACCUCAUCAAGGUGUUGGUGUCGUGCUAUGUUUGACUGAUAUCAUUCGAGACUUGGCGGAAGACCAUCAUCUCCGAUGCUUCACCAUCGCUGACCGAUUGAAGCCCCACUGCUUCUUUGCGCGAUUUGCAUGGGGCCUUUUCAAGUCCCAGGCCUCUGUCUUCGCAAGUCUCCCGCCUGACACCAAGCGUGUCCUUAUUCACCCGGACCUCACCAAAAUAAUCGACGAUCUGAAAAACCAAAAAAGAAUGAAAAACCUCGAAAAGCAGACCGAUUUACCUGCAGGUACAGCACUGGACAUUGAUGCAAUGAGCAGCCCGGCAUCCGGAGACAUGGCAGAAGGCUCUGCUGAUAUUGACAUCGAAUCGCCGAAACUCGACUUGUUCGAGCGGGUGUCACUGGUGGACAAGGACCCGGUUCCGGAAAAUGAAGCGCAAUGGCAAUCAAGGGCGCCAGUUCUUCGAGACUUGGCCUCACGUCAAGACCGCUUGAAAACAAUGUAUCUACCACAAGUGUCUGAGCUCCUAAGUGCGAAUAUACGGAUCGCAACCGUAGGCGAAGAGGACAAUGAGCAAGUGUUGUCAGACGACGACGAGUGUGAAAGUGUCAAACUAGGCUUAAAUAAGCACGAUGAAGUGACAGACGACUCUGAAGCACCCCCAAAUCUGGCACAAGAUUCCCAGCAUCGAGACGGCCUCAAAACAAUUCAUCUUCUCAGUGAUAGCUUCAAUACGCGGAUGACGGGUGAAGAGGAAGAGUGCUCAGACAGCGAGGUCGAACACCGCCAGGAGAUGGUGUCCCAAUGGCUCAAUGAAGUCGCAGUAUAUGAGGCAGCAUAG